AUGAAUCAUUUAAGUCAGACAUCUAAUUCAGAAAAUUAAGGAUAUAAUUCAUAGUAGCCAAGGAGAUACAUCAAAACGUCUACAUGUAGUUAUACUUAUUAUGAUUUGGAAAAAAUUAAGAAGUUUGAGGAAGGAUAUGAAAUAAUAGAAUUAAAUGAUGCAUUGCAUCAGGGCAAGGCUUCCCAAUUGCAUACAUGUAGUUGUCACAUCUAAAUUAAGUUGAUUGGUCCAAAUGGAUGGAAUACUUGUCUGAACUAGAGAUUGAGUUAAAAGCCAUUCUCUUAGAUAGAGCACUCAUUGUCCCUGAUCUAAAUCAAUAUGUUAAAAAGCGUCUCUAGCCAAUGAUAGAAGUUACUCUCGAUAAAGUGUAUUGACCUUCUUUCUAACUAGUCUAAUUGAGACCUGCAAAUUAAAGAUCUAGUGUUACAUUAAUGAAAUCCUUCUUCUAGUUUAAAAGGUGUCUCUUAAGCUUUGGAAAGAAUAUCCUCAGAUUUCUUUGACACUAUUAAAACGCUUGCAUUCCAUCCAAUGCAAUUCUCUCUAUGAUAGUAGAAUUAGAGAAUUAAGUCUGUAUAUAGACACUAUAAAUGAUUUCUAUGGUGAACGAUUACAUUAUGGUGUUAGUUUUGAAGCUGAAGGCUAUAAUAAUCCCUAUUAAACAGAGAUUUACAAUUCCAAGAACUUUUAUCCACUAAAGGGAGAGAUUUUAGAAUAUUAAAGAAUGAAUUAAGAUGUGUUCACUUUUUCUCCAUUUUAAAGAAUACAAAUACACUAUUUCUACAAAAAUGGUGGUUUUGCUCUCUUAGAUGAUGCUAUUAGAAAUUUUAAUUUAAAUAAUUUAGAUAUUUUUGCAAUAUUUCAAUAUCUCAAUUCACUUAUAGAUAAAUAAAAAUAUUUGAAUUAUUUCCAUCAUUUUGAGUUUUAGAAUUUGGCAUCAAAAUUAACAGAAGAAGAAAUCAAGAAUUCUAAUAGAGAUACAAUUAAAAAGUUGACUGAAGGAAUUGAGAAUAUGUUUGAUUAAUUUUAUACUUCUUCUUAGAAGAAAGAAUUGAUUGCUUUAUCUGAAAUGAGUGUGUUUUUAUAAUGUUUUCGUUGCACAGCCUUAGAAAAAAGAAUUUAUGGUAUUAAAUUAUUAUAUAACUUUAAGGAUUAUAAUAAUUUUGUGAUAAAAUAAAUACUGCAUAAUCCAAUGAAUUUAUGGGUCAAUAAUAUUUUAUGAAUGAUGAAUGGUAUAAAAAUGAUAAUGUAUUAAAAUACAUUGUAGAUAAUUAAGUAUUUUAAGAGUUAUUUGGAGAAAAAGCUCAUUUUGAAUUGAUUAAGAGAAGUUUUCCAAUUAUUCAAUUUCUAUAUUUACAUCAUAAAUUAAGUAAAGAUGAAAUCUUGUGUAUUCUCAGAUUAGGAAAAGGUAAACAUGAAACAUGGGAUAAUAUGAUAUCUAAAUUACUUACAGAUUUAGCAGAAAUCUUAUAAUUAGAAGAUGUUGAAACAUUAAUAUAAAAUAUAUAAUAAAGUUAGAUUGAUUAAAAUGGACUUAAUUUUAUUAAAAGUUUGGGUAGAAACAAAUAUUUAAGAUAAGAUUUAGAUAAUAAUUAAAAUUAAAGAAUAGGAAAUAAUGAUGAUACUUUUGGAAGAUAGAAUGAGAGAAUGAGUGGUAAAAGAAAGUAUUAAUAAUAUGAAACUAAUUAUAGAGAAAUGGAAGAUAUGGAAUAAAAUAAAAAUGAAACUAUUGAAUAAUUUGAUAGAGAGAAGGCUAUAAAUUUAAAAUCUUAAAUUGUUGAAUUCUUAUUAAAUAUUGUUCAUGAAUAACCAACUAGUGAAAUUGGUUAAUCAGCAUUUACAAUAGCUAUCAAUUUGAUAUGUCAUCAAUUCAAAUCACUUAGAUAAUAAUAUUUAUUACAUGGUUUUUCUAAUUUGAUUGCAGAAGAGUAACCAUUACCAGUUUGUAAUUACAUAACUGUGUUAUAGAAGAUUAUCUCAUCAUCUUAUCCAUUUGAUAAAUUUAAUAAUUCUAAAGAUGUAUUAAUAUGGAUCUAAGAAAAAUAUGAUAUUAAAUUAAACUUUUUAAGAGUUAUGGGAAGAGAAAAAUUAAAAUUACUUAAAAGGGAAAAUAAGAAUUAUUUAUAAACAAUUGAAUAAUUUGUUAAAUUUUAUCAAUUUCUUCAUUAAGAUUCAAAAAUCACAAGAUCUUAAUUGAUGAUAUUAUGGAAAUUAUUAGUAGAGAAUGCAAAAUGUGUAGAGGAAAGAGAUCUAUUUUUUAAUUGGGUAGGAGAUGUUAAUAAGAAGUUUUUAGAUUAAGAAGCUAUAGAGUUAUUAUUUAUAUCUACUAUUAAAUGUUCAUCUCUUAGUUAAUCAAUGUUAUAAUGUUUAACAAAUCUAAUUCUAUAUUUUAAUGUUCAAUAUAAAGUAAUGAAAUUAUAAUAUGAUUAAUAUACAAUUAUCGAUGCAGAUAUUAUUGGAUUGUAAGUAUUAUGGAAGAUAUUUAAAUAAUAAGAGAAUUUGGGACCUAAAUUAUAGGAAUUCUUCAUUAGACUAUUAAGAUUUAAAUAAUAAUAGAGUAUUUUAAAUAAGUUAAAAUAAUAAUAUUUAGUAUAAUUAUUCAAUUAAAUUAAUAAUCCUAAUUCUCUAUCAUUCAUAAUCAAAUUAUUAGAGGAGUUUGAAGGAUAUUAAUUGAUUGAAUAAGGGGAAAAGGUAUUUGUAACAAUUGAUAAUAAAUGUAUGAAUGCUAUGCCUCCAAAAAGAUAAGAUAUUCAAUUAUUGAGUGGAUUACCUGUAUUAUAAGCUAAAUAAAUAAUUGGAUAGAAAUUAAAUCCAUCUUUGAAACCAGAUGAAUUUGAUAUAUUCUGUAGAGGAACUCUAUUUGAUGAUAAUAAAACACUUAAAGAUUACAAAGUUAAUUAGAAAUUGACAUUUGUAAUAUCAAAAAGAGAGAUUGUAACAGAUGAAAUUACUGCAUAUAAUAAUACAACCAAUUAGAUAUAAAAUGAAUAUGUACCAAAUGAUGCAGAUGAUAGAGUUUAAGAGAUUAUGCAAAUAGUUUAAAUACAAGAAAAAGAUUUUAUUAUUUCUGUAUUGAAAGAAAAGAAUUGGCAAGUAGAAAAUGCUAUAUGUGAUAUUUUGGAUCGUGGAGAUCAAUUACUUUCAGAAUACUAAUAAAAGAAUCCAUAGAUUAAGAAAUAAUAACCUAUAAUGAAAUAAUAAAUUGAUGAGAUUUCAUUUGCUUCAUUAAUCUCAAAUAAUUAUAUUGAUUAAUUAUUCAUUCUACUUAAUUAAGGAAAUUAAGAAUAAAAUACUAAGAUUUGGUCUAUUUUAUAAAUGAUUCCUAGAAAUAAAGAAGUAUAUGAAUUAAUUGAAUAAUCAUAAACAGAUUGGUGUAAUCUAUUAUUAGUAGAUAACAAAUAUAAAUUAUAAUAUCAUUUACAAAUUCUUAAAGAAUAAUUGUAAUGUGAUUUUAUUGAAGAUUAAGAUGAAUAUGAAAAGCGUAAGACAUUAAGAGAAAAUUUCCUACUUUAAGGUGGUUUAAAAUUACUAUUAUUUUAAUUAGACAAUUCAAUUGAAAUCUUAAUCAUAAUUUUAGAUAUAUUCUAAAUUUACUUUUCUGCUUAUUCAAUGAGUAGAUUAAUGAUGAAUUAAAAUGAAUUUUUAUAACUAUUAAAAUUGAAGUAAGCUAUAUAAUAGAAAGAUGAAGAUCCUAAAUUAUGUAGUCUAUUGAGUAUAUAAUUAUAGAAAUAAGAUAAGCCAAAUAUUUAAGGAUAUGAUGAAGCAUAUUUACUAUAAUAGGUUUUCUAUAAUUGUGAAUUAGAAGUAGAAUGGGAUGUAUUAUUAGAUGCUCUAAUCUAAAGAAUAGGAGUUGAAUAAGUAUAUACAAAUAUCUUAUGUAUCUUAUAUAUGAGACCUUAAUUACUGAAAUUUGAAUUGCCAAUAAAUAGAUUAGUUGAAUUGUUAACUAGUCCAAAUGAAGAAUAACGAAAAAUGACAGCUUAUUUCAUUCUUACUCUUUAAGAUAUUGGAAAGAAAAAUGGUGUUAAUUUAAGUAAUGAUAUUUUAAAGGCAUUAAUAAAAGGAGAAACUUAAUAUGAUGAAUUAUAUCUAGUGAUUGCUGGAUUGAUUGGUUAAGUGAAUGAUUUAACAUUCUUUGAUACUCAUUAAUUGGCUUAAUAGAUUAUAUCAUUAAUUUCAAAUAGAGAAAUUAUUGAAUAAAGAUUCACUGAAAAUGAAGAUAAAUUAUUGUAAGGCAAUCUAUUAUUAUUGAGUUCUUUAUUAUAGGUUGAUAAAAACAUUAAAGUAGAUAUUGAAUUUACAAGAUACUUAUAUAAAUGUUUAUUUGAAAUGCAUAAUGAUUAUUAUAAAUAUCCUGUUUAUAAAAGAAAAUUAACUAGAAAGAGAGUAUUCUAAUUAUUAUUAGAAUUAUGUAAAGAUGAAAAUCAUUUAUAAGAGAUGUUACCUUUGAUUUAAAAUCAUCAUAAAUUGAAGUUUGAUAUAAAUGAAGUAGAUAUGGAUUUGGGAGUUAAAGGUUCACAUGGUUUUGUUGGAUUAAGAAAUCUUGGAGCUACUUGUUAUAUUAAUUCUCUAUUAUAAUAAUUCUAUAUGAAUAUACCUUUAAGAAAAGGGAUUUUGAAUGGGUAGAUUAUGAUUACUGAGAUGAAGGCUCCUCUCAUCUUUGAUAAUAUUAGUUCUAUUGAUUCACCAAUUUUACAACGUAAAUUGACAGAUCAUACUUUACAUUAAUUAUAAUUAGUAUUCAUUUAACUCUAAGAAUCUGUGAAAUAAUAUAUCAAUCCACAUUAAUUGAUUAAAACUUUAAAGGGAUAUGAUGGAGAAGUUAUAAAUGUUCUUAUUUAAUAGGAUUGUAAUGAAUUCUUUAAUUUGAUAACUGAUAAAUUAGAAUAGGAUUAGAAAUUUACUAAUUAAUCAAAUCUAAUACCUUAAAUAUUAGGUGGUACAUUAAUAAAUGAAAUUAAAUCAUUAGAACCUGAUUAUGAUUUUAGAAGAGAAAAUGAAGAACCAUUUUUAACUGUUUCAGUAGAUAUUAAACAUAAGAAAUGUCUUGAAGAAGCAUUAGAUUUAUUUGUUAAAGGAGAUGUUUUAGAUGGAGAGAAUAAAUAUUUAUGUGAAGAAGUAUAAAGAAAGAUAGAUGUUUAAAAGAGAUAAUACUUUAAGAAAUUACCUAAUACAUUUAUAUUCCAUCUAAAAAGAUUUGAAUUUGAUUACAAUACAAUGUUAAGAAUUAAAAUAAAUGAUUAUUUUGAAUUCCCUUAAGAAAUCAAUAUGUUUAAAUGGACACGUGAUCAUAUCGUUGAAAAUAUGGAAAUUUAAGAUUAAAGUGAUUAUAUGUACAUUCUUAAAGGAGUAUUAGUACAUGUUGGUAGUGCAGAAGGAGGACAUUAUUAUUCAUUUAUUCGAGAUGUUGAUAAAUGGUAUGAGUUUAAUGAUAAAGUGAUUUGUCCAUUUAAAAUAGAGAAUCUAAAAACUGAAUGUUUUGGAGGAGGUAAUAACAAUCUUUCAGAAUGGGGAAUGAGUAAUAGUAAGAAUGCUUAUAUUUUAUUCUAUGAGAAAGUCAAACAUGAUAUUCCUGAAUAAUUAUAUAUGAGAGGUACAAAUGAGGAAUUAUUGAUUUAAUAAGUAAAAAGUGAGAAUUCUGAUUAUUUAAAGAAUUAAUUAUUUUGUACUUAAGAUUACUUGAAAUUCAUUCAAACAUUUGUAUAAACAUUUUAAUUCAAAACUCCAUAUUAAAUUACUUAAUUAUUAUCAAAUGAAAGUAAUUUAAGUGAAUUAGAUAAUCUUCCUUCAUUGAGAAUAAUUAAAUUAUUUACUUUCUUCACUUAUGAAGUUUUACUUAGGAAUAAAGAUUAAUAAAUGUUUUAAUAUAAUAUUUAGUUAUUAAGUGAUAUGUACAAAUAAGAACCUGCUGCUAAUUUCUGGUUUUUAGAUUUAUUAAGAAAUAAUAAAUAAUUAAUAAUUGAUUUAUUAAUAGAAUCUUCAUAUUCUGAUGUUAGAAAUGCUUUUGCAUAAUUGAUUAUUCAAUCAGUAACUUUAAUUAUAAAACAUGAAUAAUAUUAUUUAUUUGAAGAUUCAUGUAUAGGUAGAUUCCUUAAAUUUUACAUAUAAUCACUUUUAGGGAUAGUGAAGAAUACUCUAAGAAGAGGAACAGAAUACUUUUAAGUGAUUAAAUAUAUUUUAGUCAGUAAUCAACUUUUAGUGAAACACUUCUAUUAGCAAGAAUACUUUAAAUAAGUUUAUUAAUUAUUAUAAGAAUAAGUUAUAUCAGCGUAAAUUGGUGCAUCAUUUAAAUCACAAUAAUAAUAAACUAAUAACAUUGAUUAGCCAUUGAUGGUUAUAAGUGAUAUUAUUGCUAAAGUGAUAAUGAGUUGUAGAACAUAAAGUAUGAUUGAAUUAAAUGAAGAUGCUCCAACAUAUUUAUUCAAAGGAUAAAAAGAUUUGGAUAUUGAUUAGUAUUGGUUAAAUAGAUUAUUGGAUAGUGAUGAUUUCAAAAAGCAUAUCUUAGUUAUGAUAUAAUUCCAGCCUAGUUUAAUAGAUAUGAUUAAACACAUUUGUUGGAAGGAUCAGAAUAUCAGUUCUCAAGUAAUGUUAUAAAUAGUAAUUUAAUUCUUGGAUUAUUUUGUUGAUUGGUAAUAAUUGGAACCUUUUUCAUAGACUAUUGAGUAGUUGUUCAAAAUGAAUGAUGAUUUAGUAGAAAAGCGUUUGUAAUGUUUAUUAUGCGAACCUAUAAAGACAACAUCAUGUGUUAAGGGUUAUUCAAUAUUGAAUGCUAUUAAAUCAUAAUAUGACAAAGAUAAGAAUUAUUGUUUUUGCAUGAUAGCAAUACUUGCAAAUUUAGCAACAUAAGUUAAUUAUGUUGGGGAAUAUUUUAAGAAUAAUAAAGAAAAUUUAGAAUUCUUACUUUGGAAGGCUAGAGAUCAUAAAAAUAUUAUAUAUGGAUUAUAUUUCCCAAGUAUGAAGAUCCAAAAGUCUAUCCAAUAGGUAAUUUAUUAAUAAUAUUUCUAAGUUAUCUGCAAUAUUUGAGGAGGCUGAAAAACCAACAAUAUAGAUUUGCAUUCCAAAAUAAAAUUAAACAGUUUAAGAGGAACCAGAACCAGAAGACUCAGAUAUUCAAGUAACUAAUCUAAUUGAGCAGAAUAAGACCAAUUAUACUUAGACUAAAGAAGAUUCUAUGGACAAUAACACUCCAUCUGAUAGAGAGAAUCCAACUGAUGAAUUAUCAGAAUGAA